UUUAUACUGGUUUAGCUUCGAGUCAAGUCGAUCAGAGUGGUUUAUUGAAGUUGUUUCUCUUUUCUCUUUCAGUUUUGUUUGUGAUUUCGUCGGGGAAGAUAAAAAAUGGCAUCCGAGGUAAGUCAGACACCAGUUACCGAAAAUAAGGUUGCUGAAGAGGCGGCGGUGACCAAGCCAGAAACAACAGCUACAGAAACAGUAGCAGCCAAGGAGAAUAACGCUGAAAGCAAUGGUGCCGAUACAGCGAACAACGCACAGGAGAAAGGCGACGACACAAAGGCGUCGGCCGGUGAUGAUACAAAGAAAGAUGGAGACAAUGUUACUACUGUAACAGUAGCUAACAGCAAAACCGAACCAGCACCAAAGUUCAAUGUGCAUAAAACGAACUUUGAGAAGGAUGUAAUAUAUCUCUAUCAGUUUUCCCGCACUCCUUUGCUGCCGUCGUUAUCACCAUAUUGUCUAAAAGUUGAAACCUGGCUGCGUCUGGCAGGUCUCAAAUACGAG